AUGGGCACCUCGUCAACCAUGCUGAGGGCCAUCCUUGGCUUCCUCUUCGUCUUCUUCCAGCUCGCCAGCGCCCUAAAAUUCGAUCUUGUCGCCACCUCCGGCGGCGGCAAUAACGAGCGAUGCAUUCGUAACUUCGUCUCGAAGGACCAGCUCGUCGUUGUCACUGCCAUUGUCGGCGGCUCGAAGGGUGAUGGCCAGAGGGUCAAUAUUCAUAUCAAGGACUCUAUGGGCAAUGACCACGGUCGCCCUAAGGAUGUCAUCGGUGAGACGCGUCAGCUGUUCACUUCGCCCGCGGACACGGCUUUCGACGUCUGCUUCGAGAACCAGCUUGUCGGCCACAACAGCAUCGCGAACCCCUCCCGCCCCAUCGAACUUGACGUCGACAUUGGCGCCGACGCCCGCGACUGGAACAGCAUCCAAUCUCAGGAGAAGCUCAAGCCCAUUGAGACUGACCUCCGCCGCAUCGAGGAGAUGGUUGCCGAUAUCGUGACCGAGAUGGAAUACCUGCGUGCGCGUGAGCAGCGUUUACGUGAUACCAACGAGAGCACCAAUGAGCGCGUGAAGUGGUUUGCUUUCGGAACUAUGGGCAUGCUUGUCGGACUUGGUGCUUGGCAGGUUGUUUACCUGAGGGCUUACUUCAGGAAUGAAAGUCUCAACUACCUCUCUAUAGGAUACUGCAACAAGAUGUCUGCCCCGCGUAUACUCCAUCGCCUCGCGCGACCAGUGCCAUCACCCCUAAGCACUACCACAAGACUAAGCCGCCAAUUCGGCGCAACAGCUCUACGCCUCAAAGAUGGCGACGAUGCUCCCGAGGUGAAGGCGCACCGCGCAAACCAGGCCAACAAGCCCCCGAACCAAUUCGUGCCCAACACUACCUCCACCAUGACAAAAGACUUCCUCAGUGUCGGCCAGAAGCCUCCGCCACCGGAGAUGCUGAACUCAGUCGAUCCCAACUACAGACCGUCUGAUCCGUACCCCGGAAGGAUUGAGCAUUUCACCGGUGGUCGUCAGGAUAACGGAGCGCAGAAGCCCGAACUUGGCGUUGGUGAGAUGGAGGGUAUUACGUUCAAGGUUGAGCCUUUGAAGAGAGUUGGGGAGGAACUUGCCACGAAGAGGGCACGCCUGCUAUACCAAAGCCGCAAGCGCGGAAUCCUGGAGUCAGAUCUGCUCCUCUCGACAUUCGCAGACGUCUACUUGGGUAAGAUGGACUACGAUCAGCUCGUCGAGUACGAUGCCUUCCUGGACGAGAACGACUGGGACAUCUACUACUGGGCGACACAGGACCCACCAGAGGAGAUCUCACCCUCCGCUCCUAAGGAGGAUACCAUCACCGAGACCUGGAAGGAGACUGGUGCCAAGAGCGGUGAAUGGGCGCAGACUAUUGGCGCUUUCAGAGCCGCUUACCGGCCUGUUCCGUCGCGCUGGCAGAAGUCUGAGGUUCUUGAGCUGCUUAGAGCCCAUGUUCGCGAUAAGAGUGCUACUGGCUUUGAGAAGGCCAAGAAUAAGAAGACUGGUGGUGGCGGCUUGGGGAGAAUGCCUGAUGUUCAGGUGUUUGACUCGUAA